AUGGUCUAUAUAAUGGGUGACCACGCAAUGCGCAGGAGCCGGCUCAGAGCUCCCCUCAGAAGCCGGGCCGGAGGGCUCCUGCCGCCUCCAGUCAUGGACAAGCUGGCCUCCCGCUUCCUGCUCUGGAUGGGACUGCUGCACCCGCUCUUCUCUCUUCCUGUCUCGGGGCCCCCAGAAGCGCCCCUCCAGCUACCAGCUCCGGAUGCAGAGGCCAGGCUGGCCCUGGAGGCGCUGGGGAGGGCGACCCUCCUGCGGCUGCUGCCUGCAGCACUGGGCGCAGGGAAGGGCACCGAGCUCAGGGGCACAGAUACAAGAGAAACAACAGAAUUGAUAAACCAGUUUCAAAAUCGCUUCCCAGAGCCUCAGACCGAUGCCCCCCACCCGAGAGGAACCGUGAGGAAGGCUCCCUCUGGACAAGAGCCUCACAUGUUACUGAGUCAUCUCCUGGCAAGCAGCAGACAGCAGCAGCCGCCACCCGGGGCGGCCCUCGAGUGCUUCUGGAAGUACUGCGUGUGAGGCCUGCGGCCGGGCCCUCGGGCACAGUGGGCCACACCCCACGAGGUCCGGGCAAUAAACCCCUCCCCUUCUGCAA